ACACGCCGUUUCGUCACCACCAACAACUUACCAUAACUGAAAAAUUAAAAUAAAAACAUAGCCACAUUCCAAUAUGAUCAUCAUAUUUGAAAAUUGAAGUAUUUUUUCAACUGUUACUCUAAUUUAACAACAAAUCACAAAAAUGCAAAUACCAACAUCAAAAUCAAAAUUCAACGACAAGUCAGAAACUGAAGCAGAGAGAAGAAUCGAGAGACUAAUCCUUCACCUAAACCCUAAUCCUCAUCUCGUGAGAAACACAUGGAACCAACUGGAGAUGGAAACGUGCAGUCGUGGGAAGCUGAUCGUAGACGCGAUUUCUCUUUCAGGUUACAUGAGAGGAAAACACAGAGAUAUACAAGACAAAGUUUUCGAAUACUUCAACGCUAAUCCUCACCUUCAAACCCCAGUUGAGAUUUCCAAAGAUAAUCAUCGUCAAUUAUGUAUGAAUCAGCUUUUGGGUCUUGUUAAAGAAGCUGGAAUUAAACCACUUCAUUAUGUAGUUCAUGAUCCUGUUAAGUAUUUCGCUAUUGUUGAAGCUGCUGGUAGUGUUGAUAUGUCACUUGGAAUUAAAAUGGGUGUUCAAUAUAGUCUUUGGGGUGGUUCUGUUCUUAAUUUGGGGACGCAGAAGCAUAAGGAUAAGUACUUUGAUGGUAUUGACAAUUUGGAGUACCCUGGUUGUUUUGCUAUGACUGAGCUUCACCAUGGUUCAAAUGUGCAGGGCCUUCAAACUGUUGCCACCUUUGAUCCGAUCACCGAUGAAUUUGUCAUUGACACUCCAAAUGAUGGUGCCAUCAAAUGGUGGAUUGGCAAUGCGGCGGUGCAUGGCAAGUUUGCCACUGUUUUUGCCAGGUUGAAGUUACCUACUUAUGACACAAAAGGAGUUUCUGAUAUGGGUGUUCACGCUUUCAUAGUUCCAAUAAGGGAUAUGAAGACCCAUCAAACACUUCCCGGAAUUGAGAUACAUGAUUGUGGUCAUAAAGUUGGUCUUAAUGGUGUUGAUAAUGGAGCUCUGAGAUUCCGCUCUGUGAGAAUUCCUCGAGACAACCUUCUAAACCGAUUUGGAGAUGUCUCGCGUGACGGGAAGUACACGAGUAGCCUUCCUUCGGUGAAUAAGCGGUUUGGUGCGACUCUUGGGGAACUUGUUGGUGGUAGGGUAGGCCUUUCAUAUUCUUCUGUAAGUGUCCUCAAGAUUUCUGCCACAAUUGCCAUAAGAUAUUCUCUACUUCGUCAGCAAUUCGGACCUCCAAACCAACCUGAAGUCACUAUUCUUGACUACCAGUCUCAUCAGCAUAAGCUUAUGCCCAUGCUGGCUUCAACUUAUGCAUUUCAUUUUGCCACUACAAAUUUAGUGGAGAAAUACGCUCAAAUGAAGAAGUCUCAUGAUGAAGAAUUAGUUGCAGAUGUCCAUGCUCUCUCGGCAGGUUUAAAGGCUUAUGUAACAUCGUAUACUGCAAAGUCACUCAGCAUCUGUAGGGAAGGCUGCGGAGGCCAUGGUUAUGCUGCUGUAAAUCGGUUUGGUAGCUUGAGGAAUGAUCAUGACAUUUUCCAGACAUUUGAAGGAGACAACACAGUUCUUCUUCAACAGGUUGCAGCCGAUCUUUUGAAACAAUACCAGAGAAAGUUCAAAGGAGGGACAUUGGCAGUGACAUGGAACUACUUGAGAGACUCCAUGAAUACUUAUCUGUCGCAGCCAAAUCCGGUUACUGCUAGGUGGGAAGGCGAAGACCAUCUACGAGAUUCUAAAUUUCAAUUGGAUGCUUUCAGAUACCGAACAUCUAGAUUACUUCAAAGUGUUGCUGUACGACUUCGAAAGCACUCAAAAUCUCUUGGGGACUUUGGUGCAUGGAAUAGAUGCUUAAAUCAUCUAUUGACACUUGCAGAAUCUCAUAUUGAGUCAGUUGUUCUCGCUAAAUUCAUUGAAGCCGUGCAGAGCUGUCCUGAUCCAAGCUCUCAAGCUGCUCUCAAGCUUGUAUGUGAUCUUUAUGCACUGGAUCGAAUAUGGAAUGACAUUGGAACCUACCGCAAUGUUGACUAUGUGGCUCCCAACAAAGCCAAGGCAAUCCACAAACUAACGGAGUAUCUAAGUUUCCAAGUGAGGAAUAUUGCAAAGGAACUUGUUGAUGCGUUCGAUCUUCCGGAUCAUGUAACAAGGGCACCUAUUGCCAAGCAAUCAGGAGCUUACUCUCAGUAUACACAAUAUGUGGGAUUCGAAUAAAAUAAGGGCCCUAAAGAAUAUGAAUAUGUACUUUUAGGAAUUAAUAUGAAUAAUGAUGUUCGUUAAUUGUUGAGAUUGGAGUAUAAUAUAUAGUGGUUGCAACCGACCAAAGAAACCUAUAACACAGAGCUCACAAUUCACUGUUCAAAAAAGCUGAUAUAACUAUACAUUGAAAUAUCAAAUAUGAUGUGUUUAUUGGUUAAAUAUGAAAAACACUAGCUUCAAGAUAUGCAUUAAGUUUUUUUCUUUUUCAUUAGGAAUAUAUGAAGAGGCAUCCUAUCACAUUGUAUUGAUUGGAAACUUUUGCUUACUUGAGGCAUAUAAUUGUUACAGGGACAGAAUUGUUAUUUCUAUA